AUGUUAUCGUAUUAUAGGAGAUUGGGGACCCAAGCUUUUAGGGGGGCCUCAAAUAAAAGUUUUGCUAGAGCAUUUUGCAAUAGUAGCAUCAGAUUGAACAAGGCAGUGGAGAUUAAGCAUGAGACAAAACCAGUGGAGUCGAUAAAACAACAUCCAACGUAUGAGGAUCUUCCGAACCCACGUGAGUUUCCCCGAGCAGAAAUACACGAAGUGAACCAACCAAUUGUGGAUCCAAAGGACAGAUACAAAGAGCAGACAGCAGAACUUCAUAAAUUCGGCAGAUAUAUCAUGGGUUGCAUGCCCAAAUUCAUCCAGCAGUUCUCGGUCUGGAAGGACGAAUUGACCCUAUAUGUGGCACCAUCUGCGUUGAAACAAGUGGCAACAUUUUUACGGGAUCACACCUCAUCGCAAUUUAAAGCAUGUAUGGACGUGACCGCUGCAGAUUACCCUACCAGACAUAACAGAUUUGACGUGAUGUACGAUCUUCUAUCUGUGCGGUUCAACUCGCGUAUCCGUAUUAAGACAUACGCGUCAGAGGUGAGCCCAGUUCCAAGUCUUGUCCCUGUGUGGCCAGGAUGCAACUGGUUUGAGAGAGAGACGUAUGACAUGUAUGGAAUUUUCUUUGAAGGCCAUCCGGAUCUCCGUAGAAUCAUGACUGACUAUGGCUUUGAGGGCCACCCAUUGAGGAAGGACUUCCCUACCACAGGAUACACCGAGGUCCGCUAUGAUGCCGAGAAGAAACGUCUGGUUUACGAGCCUUUAGAAAUGACGCAGGCUUGGAGAAACUUCAAGGUUGGAUCCUCCGUGUGGGAUCAAGUUGGUGAUGGCAUUGAUACCACCCCAGCAGACUUCAAGCUUCCAAAGCCAGAGAUUGAUGAGGAGAAGAAAGACGACAAAGGUAAGAAAUGA